AUGUUAAUCCACAACCCUGCCCUGGCCGACGAGGUCGCUGCCCUCAAUGCUAUCUACGGGGACGGAGUCCUUGUCGCCAGCUUCUCCAAUGAACACCAUACAACACUAUCGCUCAAGCUGCCGGCUUUUGCUUUCUCGUUCCUCCUUCGAGUCUUGAACGAUUACCCGCAAUCACCGCCUGAGAUGCUCGGAGUAGACGACUUGGUAGAAAGCUUGAAGCCAGAAGUCCAGCAGGCCGCUGUCUACUUGGGAGCUUGCAUGCGUGCAGUCCACUGCCCCGAGACUGUCUCCCUGUUCGAUACUAUUGAGGAGUUCCACACGAUCUACCGAUCUUUACACCCGGAAAGCCAGCAGAGCGACGGUCCCGACCAUGCACCAGAAGAGAAGCCUGCCACCAGAGCCGAGAUCUUGAAGGAUUUGGCUCUUCGCGCUAGGGCUAAGACGGACGUCAAGUCCACAAACAGGCCUGCGGGGGAGUCACCUUUCGAUAUAGUCGAUUGUUCGGCCUGUCUUGAAUCAUUUUUCCGGAUUGACACAGCAAAUCUGCAAUGCAAGCAUUCAUUUUGUGACGAUUGUCUUCGCGGUAAGCACUGUGUCUCCUUGGUAGAUCUGUCAACGGGACCCUCUUUAGCUAACACGGACGCGUAA